UGAUCAUCGAGGAGGAAGGAGUACAUCUGUUUGUCCGAAUAAAGAAACAUCAGUCGUUAUUCUGGCUUUAGAUGCGACAGUUCGUAGUGAGGACUUUGGUUUUUCUGGUUCUCCUGGGAGCAGGUCUACAUGGGGCGGCGGCAGUGGCUCGCUCUCUGAAGUAUUUCUACACUGCUUCUUCUGGAGUCCCAAACCUCCCAGAGUUUGUGGCUGUUGGGAUGGUUAAUGACGUUCAGAUCGAUCACUAUGACAGCAACACCAGGAAAAACGUACCCAAACAGGACUCGAUUAGAGACACAGCAGAUGAUCCAGACUACUGGGAGGGGGAGACUAAAAAACGAAUGAACGACCAGCAGGUCUUCAAAGACAACAUUGAAUUUCUGAAGCAGCGCUUCAACCAAACUGGAGGUGUCCACAUUUACCAGAGGAUGGUCGGCUGUGAGUGGGACAAUGAGACUGGAGUGGUUAAUGGUUAUGAUCAGUUUGGUUAUGAUGGAGAAGACUUCAUCUCAUUUGACCUGAAGACAGAGACAUACAUCGCUGCAAAACAACAAGCUGUCAUCACCAAAUGGAAGUGGGAAAAUGACAAAGCUUGGAUAACAAAUAACAAAGACUACCUGACCCAGAUCUGUCCUAAGUGGCUGAAGAAGUAUGUGAACGAUGGGAACAUCUCUCUGCUGAGAACAGAGCUCCCCUCAGUGUCUCUCCUCCAGAAGACUCCCUCCUCUCCAGUCAGCUGCCACGCUUCAGGUUUCUACCCUAACAGAUCCUCACUCGUCUGGAGGAAAGAUGGAGAGGAGCUUCACGAGGGCGUGGAGCUCGGAGAGAUCCUCCCCAACCACGAUGGAACCUUCCAGAUGAGCGCUGACCUGAAACCUUCAGCGUCUGAAGACUGGGGGAAGUACGAAUGUGUGUUUCAUCUCCCUGGUGUGAAGGACGUCGUCACCAGACUGGACAAAGCAGUGAUCAGGAGCAACGGGGAGAGUCCUGUUUACAUUUACAUCAUUGUUGCAGUGGUUGUUCUCGCUCUCGUCCUCAUCGCUGCCGUUGGAUUCAUGAUUUACAAAAAGAAGAACGCCAAACGCCCUCCAUCUCCUAUAAACAACCCUGAGGUCUUGGUUGAACUGAAUCCACAAGCCUGAAAGACAAACACAGCAACAGCACCCUGAACACAGUUUCUGGAUAAAUUUUGCAACAAGGAGCGCUGCCUCCACGUUCUCCUCCAUAAACUGGGAUUUCAUUGGUUAUUCAUCCUCAUAUCAUACAGUGAUAGAAUCAGGGUUGGGAAUCUCGUCGUUGAUGCUUAUUGAUCAGAAUACAAAGAAAACAAAAAAAGUAGCUGACAGAUAUUUUACACAUAUGAUCAAACGUAAAUGGUGACAUGAAAUGAUUUUGAUGGUUUUGUUUCAAAUAACAAAGUGGAAUUUUCUUCUGAUAAAAUGUUUGAUUCAAUGUUGGUGAAUCAAACCAGGAUCAGCCUCAUUUUUCUCACUUGGAGAGAAGUAAAACACAAUAUUCAAGAAAAUGAAAGCAUCACGGCACUCUUCAUACAUCCAUCAUCAAGAUUUAUUCAUCUAAAACAAAUCAGAGUUAGUGUUUCAUACUCAAGGUGUUGGUGGUUUGUGUUUAUGUAAAUCUAUCUCUCUCUCUCUCACACACACACAUUCAUGCAUUCCCAUUUUAAUUUUCAUACAAUCUGGUGAUGUGAUGACAUUUAACUUAAAAAAAUAGUUUUCUGCUCUGUUUAUAGUGAGAAAGACAUUCUUUGGCUCUCUGGUUGUUUUAGAUCACUGGAGGCAACACAGCAAAUCAAUGAGCAACAUCUAAAAACAUGCUCCGUAAACUGGACAGCCUCAGCUGGCUGUAGGUUCCAGUGUUAACGGCUCUCUGUCCUGCUGAUCAACUGUAGUCCAGCUCUCGCCCUCUGUGACUGGCUUUGACUCCAGUCCUCUGCGACUCUCUGCAGGAUCAGCUGGAUGGGAAAUGGAUGGAUGCAGUUUCGUAUCAAUGUGGUGAAUCUUUUAUUUAUUGAACAUGUUUCCAUCUGGUUACUGUUACAUCUCAAAAAGCCACUUCUGUGCACAUACAUAAUGUGAUUUCCAGUUGUGUAAAUAGUUUGUAUGUUUAUUUGAAACUGAAAACGUUAAGAUUUUGUUGUUUUUCCAAGCUGGUUGAAGCUAAUAAAAAUGUAUAUUUUUGAGUCUUUUCUUAGCAAACCAGGAGUAUCUUGUUGUUUUUUGUUUCAUAAUAUCCAUCUUUUGAUCUGUUGUGGAACAUUGUUCUAUUUUUGGUUUCUUAAAGUCUUGUGAAAGUUUUAAGCUUCUCUGCACGCUGAUGGAAAUCUUCCUCUACAUAUUUCCUGCUAGUUUUUAGGGAGGUGGAACAUUUUUGUUUUAAAGAUGAAAAUAAAUUAAAGAACAAUGCUGAGACUCACUUCUUGUGUUGAGUUCAGCAGCUGAAUGUCAAAUAAAGUUGCCCUGAUGUUUCUUUCCUUUUGUACUGUUACUCAUGAAUAAAGUUCGCAAUGCUUCAAAUUUCUA